UGAACAUCAUAAAACUUGAAAUUUACGAUGAUCGAUACAAAGCCAACAACAAAGUGCUGCUCUAAAAAGGCUGAGGAAGAAACUAAUACACUCAAACCUGAUUUAAACAGCGUUUCGAACGGUCGCAAAAAUUUCUUGGCGUUGAAGCGGCACAUUACCACGUGUAUUCAACGUUGGCGGCAAAAAGAUCCUUCCAAAAGACUUAAUAAAAAAUGCAAAUUAUUAGCUGAACACCACCAACAAAACCAGCAGCAGCAAAAGGAAGAAUAUCAGUGUUCAUGCCAACAGAGAAACAGUGGGAAUAAAUGGUUUAGAAAAUAUACAUGUAAGGAGUUUUUUGCAUCCAGCUCAUUGUCCAACAGUUUUGCACAACGUUGUACGUUUAAUGCUACCAACAUUAAUAAGGUUCCAUUUGCGUACCAAGAAAAAUGCUUCAAUUCGACUAACCACGAUUAUAUUGAGGGCCCUCGCAAAUACGGUCGUAAAGUUGAAAUUGUAGCAAGACUUUUAUCUUCGACUUUGAUUGGUAGAGACGCCGAUAAGCCCAAACCUCCACCUAAGCCAACAGCGGAAAAGUCGUUUGUAAUCUAUCGUAGUCAGCGUCGUGAUUCGGGUGAUAGUGCUUAUCACAGUGUACAGGAUAGUUUGGAAAUAUACCAUAAUUUUGUAACAUCGACCACAGUUGGGGCAACAGAUAUCAAUAAAAUGACCAUACCGGAUUUAGCGUUUCUGCAAAUACGUGAUGAGUUUCCCGAUUUGAAUUCGGAAAUUCGUAGCAUAUUGCUAGCACGUGCUCAGGAGGGAGCUACUAUUUCGCAAAUUCGUGAUGACUAUCGUAAACUUACCGGACUCACAUUUCCCGUCUAUGAAUGGAUCACAGACUUUCUUCUAUCCAUUCCAUAUGUUUCGGCCUAUUGCAAUGAGCAAGGAACACUUAUAUUUGGUGUUAAGCCAACGGAAAAGACCAAACACAUUCAUGACUUAGUAAUGGAACAGAAGAACCCAAACGAACAAAUACCAAAUGUCAAUCAUCGGCGUUAUAGGGAACGUCAAAGGAACCCUAACUAUCAACCAAACACUUAUAGACGCAGAUCGUAUUAUCAGCCAUCUGGUGGUCAAAGAAAAUCUUUACGCUCGCAAUGCCUUGUGGCAAAUGUUUGCAACGAUGCCAAUGUGUCACAGGAUAAUUCUGAGGGUUUUGUAGAGGACAACUGGUUCUAUAAUGAUAAUUGUAACUAUCUGCUUAAUCGCAUACACAAUCAAGAGAAUAUACUACCACCCACUUGUCCACCGGAAAUUUGUAUACCUUCCCUUAUCUAUGCAGCCAGUGGUGACCAUCAACAACAGGAGCAGCAAGUAGUGCAACCAUUGAUCGAGACAGUAGCUGUGGCACCAAAUGUCAAUGAAGAUUUGCAUCAAUUCAAUGCCAAUAACUUGAAUAUUAAUUCUGCUGUUCCCACCUAUGAGAAUAACAUCAACCAUUUGAAUAGUCUCUUUCAAAUGGCCCGUGAUUCUCAACACAAUACAAACCAUAACAAUAAUAUGGCUGUGGUGAACCCCCCUCGAAGUUCGUCUUAUAUACCAUGCAAAAAUUCAAUGCCAAGAUCAUCAAGAUCUUCCUCGCCCACUGGCAAAAGUUGUUAUACGAAUGAUUCCAUGUUUACAGACACCGAUUAUGAUGCACAUCUUUUGGAUUUCCUUUUAAUGGGGGAUGAUUUCUUUUUGUUUAUGGCCCGCAUGGAGCUUAGGUGUAAAUUCAAAAAACAUCAAAGAAUUUUACAAUCCGGUCUUUGCGUAUCGGGCCAGACCAUAAACGCCGCCAUUAAACGCAUUAAUGCCCUCAAUGAUAAUGGUCGUUCUAUCAUUGUCAACAUAGGUUCAGUGAAUAUAAUGCAGCGUCGGCAACUGGUACAAAUUGAACAUGAUUUCCGUGAACUCAUUAAGGCAAUGCUUAAGAAAGGCAUUAACCCCAUUCUCACCACCCUGGCCCCAUUGGCCAAUUAUAAUCAUGAAAAUGAUGUUAAAAAUAACCUGGAACGUUUCAACGAGUUUAUAAAACGAGAAGGCGAAAAGAGGAAUUUAGUCGUUAUAGAUAUCUGGAAGUGUUUAGCAAACGAAAAAGGACAUAUUCUAUUUGAUUGCUAUCAAAAUCAGCCACGUCUUGUCUCCGGCGCUGCAGAGUCAUAUGUGUUCUGGAAUAAAAUUGGACGUCAACGUGUUUUACAAUUAAUCGAAUCUAAGCUGGAAUAUUGAUGCUACUGUACUACAAUGUGAUAAACCCCAAUGCCAAUUUUAAAACUCCACUUUUAAACGUUAAACCAAACCAACCUUUGCGAAACGCUGUUUUAACACAAGAAAAAAAAUUAAUUUUUUAUGAUUAUUUAUGUUUUAUAUUGUUGUCCUUAAGUGUCUCUUAUUUUUUGUGUUUGUCCUUCUUUGUGUUUUUGUUCUUUUUUUUUUUGUUUGUUUUUUCAAGCGAUAUGUAAGGAAAUCUAUAGGCCGGCCUUAAGUAAGGAUAAAUUAGUAGAUUAGUAUAGAUUUUAAGCUAAAGUAUAGACUUCUUUACUUAGUUUUUCUUUUGACCCAUCUUUGCUGUAUAAAUCGUUUUUUCUUUCAUCCCCACCAAAAACAAAAGCUGGCUUUUGUUGCUAAAAAUGAGUGUUGAAAAUGGCAUUUCUUGAAAUUUUCCAACAACUUUUUGAGGGAAGAAAAGUUGGGCAAAAUUUUUUGAAAACCUUCAACACCUGCUGUUAUUUAGGUUUGUUCUUUCUCAUUCCAACUUAUUUAUCCUCUGCUGUUAUUCCGAAACCCCAUUUUCAUGUUGAGUCUCGUCCCCACCCCUGGCAAAGUAAGCUAUUCUUUUGGGUAUUCGUGCACAGAUACCACAAAAAGUUAAUGGACUUACUUUGCGAUUGUUUCCAAUAACAAUAACCACAAUAGUUUGACAAUUUUUCAACAUUAAUAUAGGUGUAUGCUAGAGUCAAUAUUAGUUUAGGCUUUACUUAAAUCAAUGCCGCGGUUGAUUUUUGUUACCUCUCAAAAAGUUGCAAACUUUUUUCUCUCUAGCAUUUUGCAUGUCUUUAUGUGUUAUAUGUUCAACCAUCUUUUCGCAUUUUUGAAAAGCAGAGAAAAGCCACACUGCAAAAUUUGA